UCAUUUCUCUAAAUCAACCAGUCAGUGUCCAAAAACACAGGAAGCGCUGAUGAUCCUCUCCCCGCGUCCACCCUCCAAACUGACUUCGUCUCCGCGCAAACUUCCAGCAGACGCGCAGCAGCAUGAGCGGAGGCAGACCGCAUGGAUGUGCCACAUGAGGCGGACCACAGGAACUGAUCACAACGCUCAAAGUUUUUCGAAAGCACCAUCGGCGACUCCGACUGAACAAACACACAACUUUGCGUGUGUUUUUCUGCUUCCGUAAUACUUUUCACCUGUCGCCUGCCUGUUGGGAUUGCUUGGAUUCCACGGUGCGUCUUUUUAUGUCCAGUCGGGGAGACGUGUAGUUUUUUUUUACGGGGUGGUCUUAGUUAAGGACGGUGACAUGCAGGUUCUCGGUUGGACCGUAGUUCUCCUCUGCCAGUGGAUCCUACGGAAGGUCCAAGGGUUGGAGAAGCAGGUGGAUUUCUCAGAUCUGGGCCCAGUGGGGUCUGUGAUGAAGACUCUUCCAUAUGGCAUGGGUGGAGGCACAGCAGGGGGAACGACAGGGGGAGUUGUUAAGCCUCCAUACCAAACACGCAUCUUCUCCACCUCCAUCGACCAGACACCAAUGAAAUCCAAGCCUCCCACCUACAGUUUCUUCAACCCGUAUGACUCGGCCCGGAACCAGUCGCUCUUCCUAGACCAGACAGGCUACCGCUCCAAGCGUAAACCCUCGCUAAAGACCGCCAUGAAGACCAAAAAGAUCUUUGGCUGGGGGGACUUCUACUUUAAUGUCAAGACCAUGAAGUUCAGUUUAUUGGUGACAGGGAAAAUUGUGGACCACAUCAAUGGGACGUUCACUGUUUACUUCCGGCACAACUCAUCCAGCCUGGGAAACGUCUCGGUCAGCAUCGUGCCGCCAACUAAAGUGGUGGAGUUUGAGGUUCUUCAGCAGCAGCAGCUUCACCCCCACACUCAACAAGAAGUCCGGCUCCAGGAGACCCAGCAGGCCACCGUCGACCACAAAGAGACAAAAACCUUUAACUGUCGGGUGGAGUAUGAGAAAACCAACAGAUCAAAGAAGCCCAAACCCUGCCUGUAUGAUCCAUCUCAGACCUGCUUCACGGAGCACACCCAGUCUCAUGCCGCCUGGCUCUGUGCCAAACCCUUCAAGGUGAUCUGCAUCUUCAUCUCUUUCUUUAGCAUCGACUACAAGCUGGUUCAAAAAGUGUGUCCGGACUACAACUUCCAAAGCGAGCGCCCUUACUUAGGAUAAAUUAGACUGAACUGAGAAGCAAAAAAUAGAGACUAUAUUAAUGACUACAACGAUGAUUAUUAUAAUGAUAAUGAAGGAAAUGAUAGUCAUAUUGAUUACUAUGAAGAAACAGGGGACCGUUUUUUUUGCCUCUGAACUGCUGUGAAUUGUGGAUUUAAAUCAAAUAUAAUCAGAGUUAAGGAUGGUUAGAAUAUUUCAGAUUUCUCUGACUUUCCUUCAAACUUUGUAUUUGUUACCCUCUGUUUUAAUUUAUUUUGUUUCUUCUUUCUGUAAAUAUUGUACUCAGCCUCAGCUCUCUUACUGUUUUUAGAUAUUGGUUUCUCAGUGUUAUUUAUUUUUUGCAUUUGGGGAAUUCGGUUGAAAACAGCUGGAUUUAGAAUUAUGCCCUUUGACUACAGAAGAAGCCUGGCAAAUGGCUGUGCUGUGCCGACGCUGUAUGACAGACCUAAUGUUAUGGUAGGCUGACUGUUAAUCAUCCUCUCAGCUCUAAGUUGCAAACCCUGGAUAUAAGAGAGUUAUAUGUAUGAGAAAUGCUAUGCUGGAUAUGCAUACAAUAUACUGUACGAAAAGCACAUUAAAAUCUCUUAAACUGUCUUUUUUACUGAUUUGUGAAUGUUUUUGUUCAGAGCUAGAAGCACACAGAGCACAAGCUGGGCAGCAUAUUCAUGCUAUCUAUCUUACUCAGCUAGGAGACUAAUGAAUAAAGUUACAUUUCACUCUGAUUGGGAAUUCAUGCCCGAGCUCUCUGUGAAGAUAUGUAAGUCUAAUUUUCUGAAAUAUAUUGAAGGGAAGUUGGUUAUGGAUUCAAUUAUAACAUGAAACCCAACCGUGAAACAUUCUUAAGAUGAUGGGUGGUGUAUGACUCCUUUUGAGGGAGCCUGUAUUUAUGCUAAUAGAAUCCGAGUGAGGUAUCAUUUUUGAUCACAUUUACCCUGAAACUGAAAAUAACUAUUGUAUUGGAGGUAAUACUGCAGACAGAUUUUUGCUUGUUUGAUCAUGCAAGCAAGGAAAAUACAAGACAUCUGAGAAAACAUUUGUCAGUUGCACCUAAACCUCCAGGUGGCUUUCUCACAUUUUAUUGAAUGUUGUAUUUACUUCUGACACUGAUAUUAUCUCAGCUACUUAAUAUUUACUCUUUUUCCUUUCUUCCUUUAUGCCAAAUAUAUGAGAUUAUGGAUAGGUGAAGCAGCAGGAUAGCGUCACUCACUUCUGCCAAAAAAAUGUAUCUGUAUCUGGAUUAGAGGUUUAAUCCACCCACCCACCUCUUUAAAUCAAAAAAACAAACAUCAUACACCUCUGACUUACUCUGUGUUUCUCUUCUUUCGCUCACUUUUUUUCUCCCUCAGGGGAGAGUCUUUGGCUUUUUGCUCUCCACACUUUUGAUGUGACGAUAAUGGUGCUCAGAAUUUCAUUAGAAAACACACAGUCGAUG